AUGACUGCACAAGACCCUCUGGACAUUCCGCUCCAUACAGAGUUGAUUAGCACUGUCUCAAGAUGCCGAUUCAUCAAUGACCUCUGCAGCUUAUCUAUUGAUCAGCAGACAUUGACCGCAUACAAGUAUGACCUAGAUGCGUAUUUUGUCUACUACUCAGAACAAUGUCGCUCAGCACUCCUCGACCGAGGGCGACAUGUGGCUGUCAGAACUCAUCGCGACGUCACCGACAUUGCAUCCUACAUCCGGGGUGGACAACAACGUGAAGAUAUUAAACAGAUCAUAACAUCAAAAUUACUGACUUGCAGCUCCCCGAAUGACGACCGGAUCGCCGAGAAUACCAUCGAUCUCGUUGCCAGCCUCUUACUGAUGAUGCAAUUUCGAGAUCUGCCGUUUGGUAUAUCUCGAUGGAGGCCGCUCAAGUGGACGCAUGGCUCUCUUCAAGAUUUUUUGAGGGGCCAGUGGGAUAACCAGCCUAUGUUGAAAGAGACGGUAAAGCUUGAAUCUAUAUUCAAUGCGCCAAAUCUGACACGUAUUGCGGGUAUCAGAAUCGAAUGGACGGAUAAUCUUAACGACCAUUUGAAGAUGAUAGGGGAGGACACCGCGGUGAUGAUAUUCCACCAUGCAUCUUUUUUGGAAAUGCAGAGACAUGAUCUAUUCCCAGCGGGGUUGAUAGAAGAGACGCUCAAAACGCUUGCCCUACUCUUCCCCCAGAAUGGCCGAGAGACACAGUCUUGGUUCGAGAAGAUUCAAAGCAGACCUCAAACUCCAACUUUAGACCCCAAAGUAGCCCGAUGCGGGCGGCUGAAGAGCGACGACCGGCACCUAGAGCAUUUCACAUUCUGGCGAGAUCGACUGGUGAUUCUGAAACAGGUGUUUGACGAAGCGGAGCCAAACACUAUCCCACGGCUAUGGUACGACCGGCGAAAAGGCGUGCAAUGGUAUACAUUCUGGGUCGCCGUUUUUGUUCUCCUCCUGACCGUGUUUUUUGGUUUUGUUCAGUCGGUUGAAGGUGCUUUGCAAGUUUACAAGGCCUACCAUCCGAACUGA